AUGGUUAACUCGGCGUCACUACCUGAAGAUCCCACUGGUGUUCCUACACCCAUACUCAGCGAAAAGCACCAAGACUCCAACGAUGGUAUUCAAUCUACUAUUUCAAAUCAAGAAUCGAAUGUUAGACCUAAGUCUGGGGGGGAGACGAAUGAUACAAGCCAAGGAGCCACAACUUCAAAACCACUAUUCCGUGAAGAAAAACGGGGAAUUUGGACAUUGUAUUAUCCUUUAAUCCCCAAGAAAUGGGCGAAUCCUUUCCCAUUUAUAAGGCUAGCUCAUGGAUGGGACAAGCCUAGGGCUCAAGGGGCUCUUCGCGACUUGUGGCGAUUUAUCAGCGAAGUAUUUGCACUCGGUCCGCUUGCUUUGACCAUGCAUCUCUCCCUAUGGACAGUUUCCAGUGUCCUCCCAUCCCUGAAGCUCAAGAGUGACUCGAAUCUAUUGGAACUGACUGAACGAGCGCUCACUGGUCGCGUCGAGCGUGCCGCAGCAACUGAAGAGUUUAGAUACAGGCUUAUCAUAUACGCUACACUCUGGGUAAUCGAUCUCUUUGUAACGAAGCUCAAAGUACGUAGUGGAUCAAAUGUUCAGAAGAUGGUCGAGUCGCAUUUCGAGAACCGAAUAUUUGCAGUUCAAAGCCGCUUGGAACUCAGGACUUCUGAAGACCCAGCAUUUGAGUCUAAAAUUGACCGUGCUGCCGAAUAUCCCUGGGAAGCCUGGUCGUCCCUCUCAACUAUUAUGGAAUUGGCAUCUACCAUCAGUGAAGUAAUCGCAACAGUUGCCGUUUUAAAGGGGGAGCUUAUAUCGGCCGAUGGUGUGAAUGUUUUCGGAGUCUGGGCACUCUGUUUCCCCCUCUUGACUGAAUUCAACGAAUACAGGGGAGGGAAGGUAUUUUACGCAAAGAUUACCAACUCAAACUGGUUUAAAAAAGAGGCAUUUUCACAAAUUGGAACAUGGAAACAUUACAAGCAGGAGAUCCUUAGCUUCGGUUUGGUGGACUACAUCAACUCCAAAUACACACAGGCUGUUUCGGGUCUCGGGGAUCUAAAGACAGAAAACCCUCUGUACUCUUGGUCAUCGGAUGGAGGUUGGUUUGGUUUAGGGGACUUUGACCGACUACUGGAUGCCCUUCCUUUGGUACUGUGCGCUUGGAACGCUGUCUACGGGUCCGCGAGGUCGAGCUUAGCCGCUAUGAUUCGGACACAACAGACCAGCAGUGCGGCAUGCGGUGUGAUAUGGAGUUUGAUUCGUCGAGGCGAAGAAUUGUUCAAAUUAUUCGGUAAUAUAACAGCGCUGUACGAGGUUCUCGAAAUGAAGCCUGGGAUUGAGGAUGGGGAUAUUAAUUAUCCAGAUGAGGAACAUGCACACAAUACAGGCAUGGCUAUCGAGUUCAAAAAUGUCAGCUUUGGAUACCCGUUUACAUCUGAAAAGAUCCUUAAUGAUCUGUCGUUCAAGAUUGAGCCAGGUCAACUCUGUGUAAUUGUGGGGGAAAACGGAUGCGGGAAGAGCACUACAAUCAAUUUACUAAACCGAUUGUAUGAUUGUGACUCGGGCGAGAUUUAUAUAGAUGGCCGUCCAAUACGUGAUUACAAAGUUUCAACUCUUCGAGCAGCAGAAAACAUUAUGUAUCAAAACUAUUGCUAUUUCCCAUUAACUAUAAAAGAGAACAUUCUUAUGGGGCGCCCGGACUCCGAAGAUCCAGAUACUGAGAUUGAGAACGCGGCGAAGCUUGGAGGCGCAUACGAUUUUAUUCAGAAGUUUCCACUCCGUUUUGAGACUAAUCUGGGCUCAGUUCAUUCUGGAUAUGCUUCGACGGCAUGCGGAAAGGACGAGAAAGAAAUGUUCAAAUCUAUGGAGGAAACUGAGAAGUCUGUCCAAUUGAGUGGAGGACAAUGGCAACGUCUGGCAAUCACGAGAAGCUUCAUGAGAAACUCUCAACAAACCAAACUUUUAUGCUACGAUGAACCCAGUGCGAGCCUCGAUCCCAAAGCCGAAGCAGGAACUUUUGAACAACUACGAAAUCUUCGAGGGGAAAAAACCAUUAUAUUUGUUACUCAGCGAGCCCCAGCGUGCGGAGGACUACAUCCGAUACUUGACCGAAGAGCGGAGGUCCCUAGUUACGUGAGCCACCUACGCGACUCCGCGAAUAAUGCACCGAGCACGACGUUCGUGUGUGACUUCGCAUUUCAGGACCUGUCCGCCAUCCCUGUCGAAGACACAAGUCGCCACUCAUGGUUGUCUGCCACCCCAAUCCUUCGAUCCGGACAGUCGCAGUCUUGGUGGCCCGGCCGACACCUCCGGGCCGCCUUUAGCGCCCCCAGGCUCUCCCACUCGUACCGCGUCGAGAACCAUGAUGCACUUGUGGCCAUGACCGUUGACAUGUAG